UUCUCUGUCACUGCUAGGUGACAAGUUAAAUAAUAGAGCGAAAAUCGAAAUGCAAAACUUCGUUCGGUGUAUUCUAAGUUGAAUGAUAGUUUUAAUUGCUUUAAAACAUUGAAAAAGUCAUAAUAAAUAUUAAUAUAUAAUUUACCCAUUACAUACAUUAUAUAAUUCAAAACUUGAGAAAUAUAUAGUGUGCUAACUUAAAAAUUGAAGCAAAUAUAUUCGAAAAUGCUGUCGAAACUUAUUUCCAAGUUCGAUAAGAAUCCGAAUACAGUCUAUGUUAACACAUUUGAGUCUCCUGUGGGAACAGUGAUUGCGGCUGCGGAUGAAAACUAUUUGUAUAUCGCUACAUUUGAAGAUUCCAAAAACUUUGAAAAGUGUUUUGAUGUUGUAGCCAAAGAACUAUCUUGUAAGUAUAUUUUAAAGAAAAAUGAAGUGCUGCAGACUUUUGAAAAGGAACUCUCGGCAUAUUUUGAAGGCAAACUAAAAAAGUUCACAAUUCCAAUAAAAACAUUUGGCUCUGAUUUCCAAAAGGAAGUAUGGAAAAAGCUUAUGGACCUACCAUAUGGUAGUACCCAAUCAUAUGGUGACUUAGCCAAGGAUUUGGGUCGCUCAGCCAGCCACUCUAGAGCAGUAGGUGCAGCGUGUGGAGCAAAUGCAUUACUUAUAGUUGUUCCAUGUCACCGAUUAGUUGCAUCAGGAUCUAAAGGAGGAUAUAACAGUGGGGUGGACCGAAAAGAUAAACUUAUUGAACUUGAGAAGAAAGGUUCUAUGUAGACUGCAAUGUAAAAGUAGAUUGACUAUGUUGUAAGCUUAAUUAAGUUAAACUAUUAAGAUUAUUAAAUAAGUUACUGACUAAUCUCAGUUUAUUGACUAUAUUUUUCACAGUUAUGAUAACCUAUUAAACUAACAACCAAAGUAUUAAGGUUUGUGAACAAAA